CUCUCCCCAUUCCAGCCAAGUUUUCUCGGAGGAAGUUUGAUGAGCAGACGGCAGUGUCGGGUCGCCGCGUGCAUGGAGCGUUGACAACAAGUGGUGGAACCUACUUUGCGGCAGCGAUGUUACUAAGGCCGCCAUGACAUCUUGGUUUCCUCGCAAGCGAGGAACGGCACUGGUGAUAUUCGUCGCCCUUUGCUACGCCGCUCUCGUCUUGCUUGGCUGGCCACUCAACUUUCAAGAUGGCGCCGUCCAUCAGAAAAGCAGACUUGUGGUGUUACGGUCGGCCCCGGGCUUUCCGGAGCGCGCACCGGCCACGGAGGAGGGAAACCAAGUUAACGAAGCCAACCUAGUCGAAGACGAAGGCACAAGAUUAGAGGACCUGUUUCUUAGUGUCAAGACGACGAGAGCAUUUCAUCAUAGUCGUCUAGAUGUUAUCCUCAAGACGUGGUUCGCACUUGCACGGGAUCAGACGUACUUCUUCACGGACCUGGACGAUCCCCUGUACCAGAUGAAGACACACGGUCAUUUAGUGAACACCAAGUGCUCAGCGUCGCAUAAUAGGAAUGCACUCUGCUGUAAGAUGUCUGUCGAGCUGGACACGUUCGUCGAAAGUGGCAAAAAGUGGUUCUGCCAUUUUGACGAUGACAAUUACGUGAACGUGCCUCGGCUGGUGAGCUUGCUGCAGCAGUACAAUCCUGUUGAAGAAUGGUACCUGGGGAAGCCCUCCAUCAGGCAACCCCUGCAGAUACUCUCCAGGGACACUCAAAAGAACAUCACCUUUUGGUUUGCGACGGGCGGCGCAGGAUUCUGCAUCAGUAGAGCACUGGCGCUCAAAAUGAUGCCCAUUGCAGGUGGAGGGAAGUUCAUCAGCAUUGGCGACCGGAUCCGUCUGCCUGAUGAUGUCACCAUGGGCUACAUUAUAGAACACCUUUUGGGCCACAACCUUACAGUCGCAGAGAGCUUCCACUCACACUUGGAGCCGAUGAAGUUUCUUCGGAAGGAAUCCCUGAGCGACCAAGUGACAUUUAGUUACUCAAAGUUUGGCGGUCACAUGAACGUGCUGUCCAUCGAGGGCUUUGAUCGAAACCUGGACCCAACAAGGUUCAUGUCCCUCCAUUGCCACCUGUUUCCAAACUUCAGUUUUUGCAAUCGAUCUGAUGUAAAUAGUCUGUACAGAUAAAAAGAAUUUGUAUUAUC